AUGUCAUCAGUCGGUGACUGGGAUGAUGUGCUUGCAUCCCUGGCAAGCAGGGAUAGCUGGGACACAGGCAUAGAUAGGCUAGCUUUGGACAGCCAUGAGAGGGAGCUCAAGGCCCAAAAUCACAGUGUGGGCCUCCUACGUUCUGUGACAGCCGAAUACUUGUCGGAUUCAGAUGCUGCUGCAUCAGGACCCCUUAGCAAGCCUGCCAACUUGAACUUUAGAGUCACGAGCUGGUGGGCACGUCUUUUGAAGCUUCACACGCACGAGAUGGAUGUGUGCCACCAGCAGUCUCUGAGUGUGAAAACAGUGAUGUCAGCAUGUACCGGGAUAUUCUCCGAAGGCGAAGCACUGCGAGCUCUUGGAAUUCCUUUCCGCUGUUUGGCAGGGGCUGAGAAAAAUCCUCAUUUCAGAUCCAUUGUAGCAGCCAAUCACACCGUGGAGAACAUGUUCGAGAGCUUGGAGGCAGGCUCAUCAGAUGAGACUGCCAUCAAUUUGGCGGUCACGGGAUCGCCUUGUAAUCCAUACAGUGUAAUGCGCUGCAAACGUUUUUCGGACGGCUCGGUGGCCAGCCACAGCAUGAACGGCACGACCAUGCAGUUAGUCAUCGACUUCUACCAGAAGUAUGAGCCUCAUGUGGGAAUCACAGAGCAAGUGGCGGGGUUCGGGAAGCGAACAAGCACUUCGGAUUCCACGAGUCCCUUCAGAAGGCCAUUUUGCUUCAAGCUUGUUCAUGCAACUCGUAACUCGAUGGUUGAUGCUGCUUUUCGGGCAGCCUGUGUCUGA